AAACGGAUUAUUAGCUUGUUAGCUGGAGUGUGAUUAAAAACAUGCCUGCUUACGGUUCAGCCACUGCGUUGGCCAGGCUGUCAUCUAAAACUAAUAUUCACUAAGCUGAGGGAUGAAGAGCAGAAAACAGAGGCCUGUCAAAGCAGGAAGCAACAGAAAGAAAGUCCCGAGCGAUGUGUCCCCCUCCACCAGCCUCCCUCCUCUGGUCGAAGGCCAGCUAAGGUGCUUCCUUCAGGUGACAAUAAGCCGGGUAUUAUGGACAGUUCACAAGCCUCCAAAUGCAACAUUCGUCAGGCUGCGCUGGUGGGGAGAGUCAUCCAACGGGACACACUUCUUCCCAAGAGAUGGAUCGCAGACGUCACAGAAGACCAUCAAGACCACAGCUCGCUUCCCCAUCCGCUGUGGGCCGAAGCAGUUCACCUCAUAUCUUACAGAUAUGAGCUCCCUGGUGCUGGAAGUUCUGACAAAACCGGAUCAUUUGCCGAUUGCACGGGCUCAGGUUGCGGGCAUCUCACGCCUUGCUCUGUCACACCCCAUCAGUGGAUUUUACACCCUUGUAUCGCCAACAUCUGAGAAGCUGGGAGAGUUACAGGUUUCCCUUAAUUUGGAGCCUUUGACAGAAGCCUAUGACAGCAGCAGCUCAUGUCCCAUUACAGAUGUCAGCAUCGAAGGACCAAAAGUCCCCACUCUGACUGUGCCCCUGCAGCCCAGACCACUCUCAGCUGGCAGUGGGAAAGAAUCAGCUGGGAGCAGCAGCGGAAACACGCCAAGAGGGAAAGACCACUUAUAUUUUCAAGAUGCCCAGAAAGACAAAGGCAAAGAAGAGUCACUGGAGAAUCAGAUGCCGACAACAGACAGAUGCCAGAAUGGUCAAAUAGCUGUGAAUCCUUCAAGUCAGGAGCCGAGUGUUCAAACAACCAAUGAUAUCCUUUCAGUUAUUCUAGAACGUGGGAACAAGCUCAGAAAUGCUAUGGUGGUAUCGGCUUUAAAUUGUGACAUCGAUUCUGCUCCGGCUCUGAAAGACACCCCUCUGCCUCUGCCAAAGGACAACAUCCUGCCAGCUUCCAAGUCCUUACCUUCUCCCUCUGGAAUGUUUCUUCAAAAUAUUCUUCAUGCUGAUUCAGCUCUGAAGCACUCUGAUGAUGUUGCUGUUGUCUCAGACAGCUUAGACUGUCCUGUUGACAUGGAUAACAGAGCUGUGGAUCUGCUUCUUGGCAGCUUAAACACAUCACCUCUGCCUCUCUGGGAUGGAGAAUGCUCUUUCCCUGAUUCUCUGUCCGGCCAUAGCAGUGUUUGUGGAGACAGUGACCUCAACGACCCACAAUAUGAUCAGAGCUUACUGGAAAAUUUGUUCUACAAAACACCUAUGUCAGAUACAACACCAAACAACACUGAAGUGGACGGUCAAGGAACAGUGUCCCCAAGUAAAAAACAGCUGACACUGUCUGGGCCCAAGAUUAGUGGAAGUCCAAACUCCAAGCCUCAGCGGUCUGCAGAUGCCGGUGGUAUCCCUCCUGGCCUGAGUGAAGAGCAGUUGAAUUUGCUGAGUUUGAUCAGACUGGCCAGAGUGACCAUCGACUCCCUCACUGUACCUACAGGCAGUACAACCACCACACCUCGAAAGACCUCUAGCAAAGGGAAACCUCCUCGACCAUUAACCAGCAAGAAGUGCACGUAUUUUAUUGAGUAUGCAUUCCCGAUGGCCUCCACUUCCAGUCGACAUGAGCGUAGUAAGAGUGGAGAUGGGGAGGUGACCAGAGCUGUUGCCAGUAAAGUCACAGGAGGAGGAAUGGUUAAUUUCCAUCAGCGAUCUGUGUUUCCUGUCCACUUCAAUACAGCAGCAGUGAAAAAAUGGAUGGGAACUGAUUUGAUUUUUAAGAUUUAUUCACGAAAGAGCGACCAAAGGAAACCUGUUCCCAUCGGUAAGGCAGUUCACCCGCUGCGUUGUCUGCUGCAGAGCAAACAGCUGAGUCAGUCUGUUGUGUUACUUGUACAGAGUGUUGAAGGAAACAGUGAAAAGCAGGAGAUUGGACCUCUCAAGGUGUCAGUGGAACUUGCUAUAGACAACAAAGACUUCCCUUCUGAAAAAAGUAAAAGCAAGCUGGCCUGGAGAGACACAUCGCCUUCACAAACUGCACCCAGUCCACACAGAGAGACCGCCUCCAGAUCUCACCACGAAGAGGAUGGCAGGGAGGAGUUACCAUCUUUUGAAGAUCCCAGGCUGAAUGCUUGGAGUCCUAAUAAACCCACAAAAGAACCCUCUCCCCAUAUCAGUCUCCACAAGUCUCCUCGCAAAUCACGACUGCAGGUUGAGGAGGAUCCUGAGGUCCUGCUGCAUACGUUACUGAUGGUACCAGAUGGAAAGAACUUCAACUGUGGGCCCAUGCAGGCUCCAAACGUGUACUUGAACUGUAAAUUCUGGUGCGAUGAGACGGCGAGAUCCGUCAUCAGCUGGGGUCAGGCAAACCCCAGUUUCAACUUUGUUCAGGUGACCCCUGUGGCCUUAACAUCCAAGCUGCUGGAGCGGAUGAAGAAUAACGUGAUGGUUAUCGAGGUGUGGCAAAGGACAGGAAGUUCAGGGCAGGAUCGACUCCUCGGCCUCGUUAAAUUACCUCUCCACCAGUUUUACAUGUCAUUUAGAGAUCCAAAGAUUACCCACCUUCUUCUCCAGGCGCAGUACCCUGUUCUAGGGGUUGACUGCUACAUGCCAGUGAUUGAUGUGUUCUCAGGCAGUUGUAAAGGACACCUCAGGGUUGUUUUGGCUAUGGGCCGAUCAGAGCAGAUAGUUGCCCUCCAGCGCACGAGGGAUGAAGAAUACGAUAGUUUGUCUCAUCUUGUGCGACCAGUUCAUCUGCUUGAUCACCAGCCUCAUUCACAAACAAAGGUGAUUGCGGCACAAAAGGAAGCUAUGAGAGAGCAUGUGUUUGUGAUAAGAGUGGAGAAGGUAAACGGGCUGACACCUCUGCAGUCCACCGUGUGGGGUGAGGCUGACUGCUACACCCAGUACAGUUUCCCCUGUCAGGAGGGUGACCCUACUGCACAAGUGGACCAAAACCUCAUAGAGAGUAGUGUGAACCUGAAGCCGUUUCGUACAACCACAACUCUCUGUGUCCCUGACCCAGUGUUUGGCCACACUGAGACUCAUGUGCUUCUCGCUCCUGAAGGAGUUCCUGUUCAGAAGCUGCUGCUCAGCUCUCUUUCAAGCAAAGGCCAAAGCAGUGGAGGGGGUGUCCAGUUUGAAGUCUGGUGCAGAUAUUAUUAUCCAAAUGUUCGGGACCAGCUUGUGGCCAAAGGGAUGCUUCCGUUGUCCAAGCUGUGUGCAAUGGUCACCAUGCAGAGACAGCAUCCGAAUGAGGCUCAAAUGUUCUCGCUGCCCCUCAUUCCCAGGACAGACUGUCCCACAGGACAUCAGCCUCAGCCCUCAGGCUUACUAGAUGUGUGCAUUCGGUACAAGCACCGACCAGUGAGACCUGAAGGUCAGACUGGAAAAGGAGCUGCCUCUCGUGUUGUGACACUCGUGGUUCAAGUGCACAGAGCGUCAGGUCUGCAGGCCGCAGCAAGGGUUUUAUCAGAAAAAGAAGAAAGAUUCAGCUACUUUGCUGAUGUGGGAGUGAACUCAUACGUAACAGUUGAGCUCUCCUUCUUGCCUGAGACUGAGAGGCGGAGCACCCGCAUAGCCGCCAGGACCUUCUCCCCAGAGUUCGACCACCACAUGGAGGUGUCCUGUGAUCUGCUGUUUCAGAGGAGCGGUGGAGAAACCUGCAGCCUGGCUGAGCAGCUGGACGAAGCUUCGGCUGUCUUUACUGUCUGGAACAGAGACAGUCGCAAAGUGCAAACUCGUAAGCCUAAGGAUGUGAUGUUGGGAACAGUGAAAUUACCUCUUGCUGAUCUCAUCCAUAAAAGAACAGGUAUUUCUGGCUGGUUUGGAGUGUAUUUACCUCAGGAAACAAGAUCUUCUCAGCACCAGCACAUCUUGGUUGGGGGGCUGGAGAUCUCCUUUAACUUCGCCCACCACUCAGACAGAGAAAGAGUCAUUAAAGCUGCUCAGGGUUUGAGCUGGGAAAUGGACCAGAAUGAAACACAACAUGAUGAAGAAGCUUGGGGAGACGGGAUUAGAAAAAUGUCUUUGACUUUUUCAAUGCCUAGAGCGUGGAUACCAGUCCACUGCUUGCUUCUGCCAGGCCUCAGUGAGCUUGAGCGCUCCACCUACUGCUACUUCAGGUACAAGUUCUACGACCAGGACGCUUUCUGCUCCCAGAUGAAACACCCGUCUGUUGAGGAGGGAGGGCAGGCCACGGUGGCUUUCCAGGGAAGUAGAACUGUGCAGCUGAGGAGCACUCAGCCCUUGAUGUGGUAUCUUCGAGAGGAGCGGUUGGAGGUUCAGGUGUGGGUGGCCUUUACAAAAGACAAAGCCCAAAGGCCCCGAGACACGGACCGACUGGUGGGUUCAGCGUUUGUGGAUCUAUCCUCUCUUGCAAAGACGCCAAAGCAGAAACUUACUCUUAGUGGAGUGUAUCCGCUGUUCAGACGCUCAGCAGCAGAUCUACAAGGUGCUGCUCUAAGGGUGCAUAUCACGCUGACCACAGGCGUCCCUGUGGAGGUACCUACUGGAGACACCCAGGUGGACUCGGACAGCCAGGAGGAGCUCCUAUCAGCAGAGGCUGAGGGAGCAGACCACGUCCCAUCACCCACUACUCCCAUAAAAUCAAAUAGCAGACACAGAAAUAAAUCCUCCACAACAACUCCAGACAUCACAUCUGUGCAGCACUCAGAAAUUAGCCUGGAUGAAUCAUUCCCUGUAACUGUUGCAGUGGACCAGGCUAUGCACCUGAAUCUGAAGGGCUGUCCUCUAGCACAGCGCAGUGAAGUGUCACCAUGCUGCUGUGUUUCGUACGUCACUGCAGACUCUGCUGAGCCAGUGUCCACAGCUGUCAUAACCAACACUGACUGUCCUGUGUGGGACCAUCUACAAGAGUGCAGGCUUUCUAAGCAGCUACUCGUCGAUCCACAACAAUCACUCGUGUUCAAAGUCUGGCACAAAGGAGAAACGGAAAGGGUGAUUGGAUUUGCCUCUGUAGACCUGUCGCCAUUAGUUUGUGGGUUCCUGUCAGUGUGUGGUUGGUACAACAUCACCGACUUUAGUGGUCAGUGUCAUGGCCAGCUCAAAGUGUCCAUCACUCCACUAAAGGGGGUUCAAGACCUCCGAGGACAGAGAAAGACUGUGAACGAAGAAGCUGCAAAUAACUCACCGGCUUUAUUCCAGGGUCUCCCUCUCAGCUACCAAACCACAGCCACAUACAACAGCUUCCCCUCUCACAUAAGCCGACACACCGAGCAGAAGAUCUCAUCACCUGACCAAAUGGACAGGCUGUUCUCUGAAAGGUCCAGUGAGAGUGACCGCCACUUUGAGCACAUGGACAAAGUGCGUCUUUACCAUCAGAGUCUGCAGGAGCAAACAGCAGCUCAUUCUGUCUGCAGCAGCAGUGCUGGAGACAUCAGUCCCUCCAGCUCGCUCCUGUUUUCAGCACUCAGGAAAAAACUAAGCGAGCUGGACAACAUUCAGAGAUACUUCAGCCGUAAGCUUUCAACUCCAACAUUCCCCUUCACGAGUGAGCAGGACAGUCACACCAAGCAUGAGGAACAGAGGGACACAGAGACAGACACAUGCCAGCUUCUUCUCAAGUCCAACCAGUUAGUUGGACAAGUCAACAAUAUAAUUAGUGGUCUACGAGGACACCACCUAGAAACGAUCCCCUCCGUCCCCCAGAGCAGCUCAACAGCUUCCCCUGUUGGAGACAACAACCCUCAAACUAUCCCUGAGAACAUAGCCAGUCCACGCAGAGCUUCAAAUUCUUCUCUAGAAGGAGUGUCCCCUCUGCAAUCGCCAACGCAAAAGAUACCUGAAGACCAUAUAGACUCUGAACCUCAGGAAGAAACGGACAUACAAAACUAUGAGGUUGCUGUGUCUGAGGAUGAAAACGAAGAAGGAACAUACAAAUAUGAAGAUGGGACAGGUUGCACACUGGUUGAGGAAGAUCAUGAUGAUGAGGAGGAGGAGGAGGAGGAAGAUGAAGAUUUUGAGGAGGUUGUGGUGCAGCCGAGGCCUCUCAAUGAGGUGACCUCUUUAACAGACAGAACCAGUCCUUGGACCAGCAUCAUGUCAGACCCUGACCUGGUUUCUCUGGAGAGCCUGGAGGCACCAGAGGAGCAGAAUGUGAGCGAAAACGAGGACGAGAAAAGGCAGGUCGUAAAUCUGCAAACUCAUGACCGUAGCGGGAAACACAAGUGUGUCGGACGUGAGGAAAGUGAACAUGAACGAAGUGACAGCUUUAGUCGAUCAGCAGGAGACGCUUCAGACACGGAAACAGAUGGCGAAAGGACACAACAAGCUGUAGAGGAGAGACGAGCAAAAGAGCCCGACAGCCACAUGGAGGGGUCAGGUGAUGCUACAGAUUAUAGGUCAUGCUCCCCGGACAACCACGACACCUCACUCCAACCCUCGGCCCCUCUGGAGCUCCCGAAUUUCUUCCUCCCCUCACACCAACUGGAGGCAUCCAUGAGAGUCAUACGUUUAGCUCCGUCUUUCUCCCAGACGGCCAGUGACCCGGGGCCGAGCUCUCCGCUUGACAGCAUUCCUCAUCGCAGAGGCCCUCGACAGCGCCCAAACAUGUCUCCCUCAUCCAUGAAGAAAGAGACGGAAAGAAUUGCAAAAAUAUUUGCAGCACACUUUGAUGGCAAUCACUAGUACGUGGUGGUUUUAUUUGCUAAACAUUUGUAAAGCUAUGUUGUUUUAGAUCAUGUAAAUUUAAUUGGAACAUUUUGUAUUUUUAUAAAUAAAUAUGAACUGGUUAUUGUUUUCAACACUAGUUAUAUUUCUUGUAGUUUGUUGACGUAUUUUGUGAUACCAGUACCUGCUUCUUGGAACAGGCCUCAGGCUGCAUUUAGAUUUAUUAUCUACAGUACAUGUAGAAACAUGUUUAGGGAUGUUCUUAGAGUACCAGUUUGGUGAUAAUAUUGGUAGGUUUAAAAUACUGAAUUUGGUUGAAUGCAUUGAAAGUAUUUAGGUGUUACAUUUUUGUUGCAGAAUUAUGCAAAAAUAUGUUAAUUACACUUAUGUGGGUUUCAGGCUGCAAGGAAAGUACGUGUUUGCUGUGUUUUCUGUCUUUUGUUUGACUUCCAUCAUAGACACAGCAGGUCGAGGUAAACACUGAUGACAUCACUGCUGUUAUUAUCUUACACAGCUGAUGUUAUAAUUGCCAUGACAAGUAUAAAUGACAUACAUAUGUAAAAUCAGUGCGUAAAAUGCACAAUCUUUAAGAUGCAAAAAUGGAUCUAUUAAUUAUGCAGCCACUGAAUAAUUAUCAAAAUAAUAUGUACCUGUAAAUCA